GAUCUUCUUCAGUUCAGUUUCUCUCGAGACAGCAACUGAUCCUGGCUGUUGAUUAUUCCAGGAGAUCCGUCCAAUUGUGGAUCUUGGAACUGCUGACCUGACUGCGUGCGUCUCAGUGGCAUGGCGCGGCACCUGCACCAUCACCGUGGCCAAGAACUCGUCGCGCACCUCCGCGCGUCGUCGCCGCUGGCGGACCUCCUGCGCUCCGCGCCGAGCCUCCCCGGCGCCCGAGCUGCGCACGGGUGCGUUCUAAAGUCUCCCGUAGCCGGCGAGACCUUCCUCCUUAACACGCUCGUGUCCACGUACGCGCGGCUCGGCCGACUCCGCGAAGCCCGCAGGGUGUUCGACGGCAUCCCCCUCCGCAACACCUUCUCGUACAACGCGCUCCUCUCCGCGUACGCGCGCCUGGGCCGCCCCGACGAGGCGCGGGCUCUCUUCGAGGCCAUCCCAGACCCCGACCAGUGCUCAUACAACGCGGUCGUCGCGGCGCUCGCGCGGCACGGGCGCGGGCACGCCGGGGACGCGCUCCGGUUCCUGGCCGCGAUGCACGCCGACGACUUCGUGCUCAAUGCCUACUCCUUCGCCAGCGCCCUGAGCGCGUGCGCCGCUGAGAAGGACUUGAGGACCGGGGAGCAGGUUCACGGCCUCGUCGCCCGGUCGCCGCACGCGGACGACGUGCACAUCGGGACCGCGCUCGUGGACAUGUACGCCAAGUGCGAGCGCCCGGUGGAUGCGCGCAGGGUGUUCGACGCAAUGCCCGAGCGGAAUGUCGUUUCCUGGAACAGCCUGAUCACUUGCUACGAGCAGAACGGUCCCGUGGGCGAGGCGCUCGUGCUGUUCGUGGAGAUGAUGGCUACUGGUUUCUUUCCGGAUGAGGUGACACUCUCAAGUGUCAUGAGUGCAUGUGCAGGGCUUGCUGCGGAGAGGGAAGGACGGCAGGUCCAUGCUCAUAUGGUGAAGCGCGACAGACUUAGGGAUGACAUGGUGCUCAACAAUGCUCUGGUGGACAUGUAUGCGAAGUGUGGGAGGACGUGGGAAGCAAGGUGUAUCUUUGAUUCCAUGCCUUCCAGGAGUGUUGUCUCGGAAACAUCCAUACUCGCCGGGUAUGCGAAGUCUGCAAAUGUGGAAGAUGCUCAGGUGGUGUUCUCGCAGAUGGUUGAGAAGAAUGUCAUUGCUUGGAAUGUGCUCAUUGCAGCAUAUGCCCAGAAUGGUGAGGAGGAAGAAGCAAUUAGGCUCUUUGUCCAGCUGAAAAGAGACUCCAUUUGGCCGACACAUUACACGUAUGGAAAUGUUCUGAAUGCAUGUGGGAAUAUUGCUGUCCUUCAACUUGGUCAGCAAGCUCAUGUGCAUGUCCUCAAGGAAGGUUUUCGCUUUGACUUUGGGCCAGAGUCUGAUGUGUUUGUUGGGAACUCCCUCGUAGACAUGUACCUGAAAACAGGAUCCAUCGAUGAUGGUGCUAAGGUGUUUGAGAGAAUGGCAGCCAGAGAUAACGUGUCGUGGAAUGCAAUGAUUGUUGGUUAUGCACAGAAUGGCCGUGCAAAAGAUGCAUUGCAUCUUUUUGAGAGAAUGUUGUGCAGCAAUGAGAACCCAGACUCUGUCACCAUGAUAGGGGUCUUGUCAGCCUGUGGCCAUUCUGGAUUGGUGGAUGAGGGCCGGAGACACUUCCAUUUCAUGACUGAGGAUCAUGGGAUUACGCCAUCUCGAGAUCAUUACACAUGCAUGGUUGACUUGCUUGGUCGUGCCGGUCAUCUCAAAGAAGCUGAGGAGCUCAUAAAGGACAUGCCAACGGAACCUGACUCUGUGCUCUGGGCUUCUCUGCUAGGUGCUUGCAGGCUGCAUAAGAAUGUUGAGUUGGGGGAACGGACAGCUGGAAGAUUGUUUGAGCUUGAUCCUGAGAACUCUGGACCCUAUGUCCUUCUCUCGAAUAUGUACGCUGAGAUGGGGAAAUGGGCAGAUGUUUUUAGAGUUAGGAGAUCCAUGAAGGACAGGGGUGUCAGUAAGCAACCCGGUUGUAGUUGGAUUGAGAUAGGAAGUAAAAUGAAUGUGUUUCUGGCACGAGAUAAUCGACAUCCAUGCAGGAAUGAGAUACACAGUACUUUAAGAAUAAUUCAGAUGGAGAUGUGCAGAACGAGUAUAGAUGGAAUUGAUGAUGACUUGAUGAAUUACUGCCCUGAAGCCUGUGGAUAGAAGUAGAAAGUCAGAUGACUUCAGAAGUAGGUGUUGAAAGCUUGCUUGAUAUCAUAUUUGCGAGGUUAGUACUUAGUACAUCCACAGUACUUACAGGACAAGCCAAAAGCAAGUUGGCUGACCGGAAGGGUCUUCUUACCCAGGAGAGGAGAAGGGGGAGUGUUGACAUAAAAAAUGUGCCGACAAGAUUAUUGGACUUCACUACUAAGUUCCUAAUGUCAAGAUGAUGAGGAAAAUAUUUGGCGCAACAAGAAUCAGAGCCCAAACAAAGAAAAGAGGGGUUUGGGUUCAGGCCUGCCCAAACUGUCCUAGCCCAGAUCAAUUUUAAGAUCCCAACCAACCUAUCUGCUCACUGUCCUCAACCAGCUAAAAUGACUUCCCAAGAAUGGAAUAAGCUACGGAGAUGGGGGAUCACUGGAUCAGGAACUCUCUGUGGGUAAAUGCAAGGUGGCAUGGACACCAAUGUGUCAGCUAUUAGAAAUGGGUGGCCUUGGCAUUCUGGACCUUGAAUGCUAUGCUUGAGCUCAACGCUUAUGGUGGCUGUGGUUUGAAUGGGUUGCACUAGAGUGCCCUUGUAUUGGCAUGCCCCUGCCUGUAGAGCUUUACUAAUAUUGUUCUCUUCAAUGCAGCUAUGGUUACCCAACUGAACAGUGGCCUCAUAGACCACAGCUUGUCUCUGGACAUCGAGUUGGGUUCGAGGAGACACACUGUCAGCACUCUUCCUGUCCCUGUUUGCGCACAGCAGAAGGAAAAAUACAAUGGCUGAGGCAGUGAGGCUCACAUAAAUGGAACUUGGAGAUGGCAAUGCACCUAGCAUAUGAGCGUCCAGUAAUAAAGAUGACAUGGGCGGUGGUGGUGAUUUGACCGUGGCAUGAGGGGCUACAACAUACCACCUAGCAGUCAGCUACCUCCCUGCAGAAUUGGCUACAUUCAAACAUUCAGUUAACAAACAAGGUCAGCCUUCUCUGGUGCUGGGUCUCAGGUCCCUCAUCAUCCUCAGAAUCUGGAAAAUUUGGAAAGAAAUGAAGAACAGAGUGUUCAGUAGACAGUGCCGCUCUAAAUCUGGGAUCCUCUCUGGUAGCAGUUACUCUUAGAUUAAUGUUGUGUUAUGUGUCAUGCAUUUUCCUGGAAAUCGUUUUUAGUCUCCCAGGGGCGGCAAGAACGCCAAGUACCUUGUAUUUGGAGAACUUGCAAAAAAUUCUGCUGUGCUUUUAGCCUUUUAGUGCACAACUGUAAUUUACAAAGGCGAUAUACCACUUGCACACAAAAGGUGCUGUACUGUCAAUAUUUGGUAGCACUUACAAGCUACAGGCUAUCAUUUGCUGAAUAAAAAAGAAGAUGAGUGAGGCUCACUAAUGUCUUUUGAAGGCAAAGUUCAGAAGCAUGGAGUCAAAGAGAAGCUAGCAAACAAAGCUCCCAUUGACUUCCUCGAGAUCCCUGCAAAUGCAAUGCAAUACCCUCGCCUAUAUUAACUCGUGUUCUACCCUCAGCAAGGCACUUUUAGCUGCAGCUUAAGCAAUGGUCGUCUCCCUGGUGCUCCCGUUCACCCUCCUCGCGGGCAUUCUCCUCCUCUCCGGAUAUGCCUUGGCUGGGCCGGAGACCGCUGCGGAGCCGGGCGAGAUGGUCCUGACGCUGGACGCUGGUAACUUCUCGGAGGUGGUGGCCAAGCACCAGUUCAUCGUCGUCGAGUUCUACGCUCCAUGGUGUGGCCAUUGCAAGCAACUCGCUCCAGAGUACGAGAAGGCAGCCGCCGUUCUGAGGGAUCACGACCCGCCGUUGGUGCUCGCCAAAGUGGACGCGUACGACGAGAGGAACAAGGAUAUCAAGGACAAGUACCAGGUGCACGCGUACCCCACCCUCAAGAUCAUAGAGAACGGAGGGAAGGACGUGCGUGGCUAUGGUGGUCCGAGGGAUGCCGAUGGCAUCGUGGAGUACCUCAAGAAGCAGGUCGGCCCGGCUUCCAUCGAGCUCAGUUCGGCGGAGGCUGCUCAGGCGUCCAUCGGCGACAAAGGAGUGAUUCUUGUUGGAGUUUUCCCCGAGUUUGCUGGUGUGGAGUACGAGAAUUUCAUGGCCGUGGCAGAGAGAAAACGGUCAGACUACGAUUUCUUUCACACGUCGGACGCGAGCAUUCUGCCGCGUGGUGAUGUAGCCAUCAAGGGCCCUGCUGUUCGUCUCUUUAAACCAUUUGAUGAGCUCUUUGUUGAUUCACAGGAUUUUGAUACGGAUGCUCUUGAAAAAUUCAUUGAAGUGUCUGGUUUCCCUGCAGUGGUUACCUUCGAUGCUGACCCAACCAACCAUAAGUUUCUUGAGAGAUACUACAGCACUCCUAGCGCCAAAGCAAUGCUUUUCUUGAACUUCAGCGACGACAGAAUCGAGGCCUUCAAGAGUCAGAUUCAAGAAGCUGCCACGAAAUUCAGUGCUAAUAACAUAAGUUUUUUAAUUGGUGACGUUGAAUCUGCUGACCGUGCCUUCCAGUACUUUGGGCUUAAAGAGGACGAUGUGCCGCUCCUUUUUGUGAUUGCACAGGGUGGGAAAUAUCUCAAUCCGACCAUCGACCCUGAUCAAGUCAUACCCUGGUUGAAGCAGUAUACAUAUGGAAACUUGACACCUUAUGUGAAGUCAGCGCCAAUCCCAAAGGUGAAUGACCAACCUGUUAAGGUCGUUGUGGCUGACAGUAUCGAUGAUGUUGUUUUCAACUCUGGCAAAAAUGUACUGCUCGAGUUCUAUGCACCUUGGUGUGGCCAUUGCCGGAAGCUGGCCCCAAUCCUGGAGGAAGUUGCAGUCUCAUUGCAAGACGACGAAGACGUUGUCAUUGCAAAGAUGGAUGGCACUGCAAAUGAUAUCCCUACCGACUUUGCGGUGGAGGGAUACCCCACGAUCUACUUCUACUCAACCACCGGUGAACUUUAUUCCUACAAUGGCGGAAGAACGGCCGAGGACAUCAUCAGUUUCAUCAAGAAGAACAAGGGCCCCAGAGCGGGUGCCGUGGACGAACAGACGGGUGAUGCUAGUGCUGCAGAGGAGGCCGUUACACCGCCGUCGUCGUCAGAGCUUCUGAAAGACGAACUCUGAUCACGGUGCCAUAUGUAGGCAUGCAGCUAGCUACAGCGAGAGAAUCGGGCACGUCCAGAGAUUCAGAGAAAAUAUUCAGUUAUAACUUACAGUACUAAAUGCACUCAGGUCGCUAGUUUUAUUUGUCCCGAGAAUUAUUAUUAAUGAUCAAAACCGUUACUGAUUUGAAUAAGGCUAGUGUAAUCCACCACUCAACUUUUUCCUUGUUUCUGCCAAAUUCAUGUAGAAAUAGUUCGUUUUGGUGCUUGUACUUGGUUUUUAUACAAAGUCAAACUUUAAAUA